GACCUCACUCCAGCGGAGCGCCCACGGGGAGCGGGUCGCGGGGCCGCAGCGGCGAGGAGGCCACGGGACUAGAAGGAGAAGGACAGGGAGCGCGCGAGCAGCCAGCGAGGGGGUCCCGGCCGUCCCGGGCCAUAGCGGAUCCCCGCGCCGUGGGCUAGCGCGCCUGCCGCCCCUUCCAGGACAGCCACCGCCGCGGGGAAGAUCGGGCGGGCGCCGAGCUUCCUAUGACUCCCUGAAGUUGUCGCGCUCCCCUCUGCGUCUUCCACCUGAGCCGUGUCUUUGGUCCCCGUGCAUCGCGUGCGCCCCCCGCUCCCUGGCUCGCGCACCCCGCCGGCAUGGACGUACACACCCGCUGGAAAGCUGCGCGCCCAGGCGCCCCGCUGCUGUCCCCGCCGCUGCUCCUACUCCUGCUGCUGCUGUGGGCGCCGCCUCCGAGCCGCGCAGCUCAGCCAACAGACCUUCUGGAGAUGCUAGACUUUUACAAUUUGCCCUCGGGGGUAACGAAAACCACAGGUUUCUGUACCACUCGACGAUCUUCCAGCGAGCCGGAUGUUGCCUACCGAGUCUCUAAAGAUGCACAACUCAGCAUGCCCACCAAGCAGCUGUACCCUGAGUCUGACUUUCCUGAGGACUUCUCCAUCCUGACCACCGUGAAAGCCAAGAAAGGCAGCCAGGCCUUCCUAGUCUCCGUUUACAAUGAGCAGGGCAUCCAGCAGGUGGGGCUGGAGCUGGGCCGGUCCCCUGUCUUCCUCUAUGAGGACCACACAGGGAAGCCGGGGCCUGAAGAGUAUCCACUCUUCCCAGGCAUCAAUUUGUCAGAUGGCAAGUGGCACCGAAUUGCUAUCAGUGUCUACAAGAAAAAUGUCACUUUGAUCCUUGACUGUAAGAAGAAGAUCAUGAAGUUCCUCAACCGCAGUGACCACCCCAUAAUAGAUGUCAACGGCAUCAUCAUGUUUGGCUCCCGGAUUCUGGAUGAUGAAAUAUUUGAGGGUGACAUCCAACAGUUGCUCUUCGUCUCCGACCACCGGGCUGCCUAUGAUUACUGUGAGCACUACAGCCCCGACUGUGACACCGCCGUCCCUGACACGCCUCAGUCACAGGACCCUAACCCAGAUGAAUAUUACCCAGAAGGAGAAGGUGAGACCUAUUAUUAUGAGUACCCAUAUUAUGAAGACCCAGAAGACCCAGGGAAGGAGCCUGCCUCCACACAGAAGCCAGUGGAAGCUGCCAGAGAAACCACAGAGGUUCCUGAGGAGCAGACCCAGCCCCCACCAGAGGCUCCCACUGUACCUGAGACCAGCGACACGGCCGGCAAGGAGGAUGACCCCGGAAUCGGGGACUACGACUAUGUGCCCACUGAUGACUACUACACGCCCUCCCCAUAUGAAGACUUCGGCUAUGGCGAGGGCGUGGAGAACCCCGAACAGCCCACCAACCCUGACUCGGGGGCCGAGAUCCCCACCAGCACCACCGUUACCUCUAACACUUCUAAUCCAGCUCCAUCUCCUGGGGAAGGGGAAGAUGACUUGGGUGGUGAGUUCACUGAGGAAACCAUCAAGAAUCUGGAGGACAACUACUACGACCCGUACUUUGACCCUGACUCCGACUCCAAUGUCUCCCCAUCAGAGAUAGGGCCAGGCAUGCCAGCUAACCAGGACACCAUCUAUGAGGGGAUUGGAGGACCUCGAGGUGAGAAAGGGCAAAAGGGAGAACCAGCCAUCAUUGAGCCGGGAAUGCUGAUAGAGGGACCUCCUGGCCCGGAAGGCCCUGCUGGUCUUCCAGGACCUCCAGGAACUACAGGUCCUACUGGCCAAAUGGGUGACCCCGGAGAAAGGGGUCCUCCAGGGCGCCCAGGUCUUCCUGGGGCUGAUGGCUUGCCUGGUCCCCCAGGAACCAUGCUCAUGCUGCCGUUCCGGUUUGGAGGCGGUGGCGAUGCUGGUUCUAAGGGCCCUAUGGUCUCUGCCCAGGAGUCCCAAGCCCAGGCUAUCCUCCAGCAGGCCAGGUUGGCGCUGAGGGGACCAGCUGGUCCAAUGGGUCUUACUGGGAGACCUGGCCCCAUGGGUCCUCCUGGGAGCGGAGGUUUGAAAGGUGAGCCAGGAGACAUGGGACCUCAGGGUCCACGAGGUGUGCAAGGCCCACCCGGCCCAACAGGGAAGCCUGGAAGACGGGGCCGUGCUGGGAGUGAUGGAGCCAGAGGCAUGCCUGGACAAACAGGCCCCAAGGGUGACCGUGGCUUUGAUGGUCUGGCUGGGCUGCCGGGAGAGAAGGGCCACAGGGGUGACCCUGGUCCUUCUGGCCCACCGGGACCUCCAGGAGAAGAUGGAGAAAGGGGUGACGAUGGAGAAGUUGGGCCCAGGGGGCUGCCUGGGGAGCCUGGACCACGUGGUCUGCUUGGGCCAAAAGGACCUCCUGGCCCUCCUGGCCCUCCUGGUGUAACCGGUAUGGAUGGCCAGCCUGGCCCAAAAGGAAAUGUGGGUCCCCAGGGAGAGCCUGGACCCCCAGGACAGCAGGGUAAUCCUGGUGCCCAGGGUCUUCCAGGUCCCCAGGGCGCCAUCGGUCCUCCAGGAGAAAAGGGUCCUUUGGGGAAACCAGGUCUCCCAGGAAUGCCCGGUGCUGAUGGACCCCCGGGGCACCCUGGCAAAGAAGGUCCUCCAGGAGAGAAAGGAGGCCAGGGUCCUCCUGGCCCCCAGGGUCCCAUUGGCUACCCGGGUCCUCGAGGAGUUAAGGGGGCAGAUGGCAUCCGAGGUCUGAAGGGCACCAAGGGGGAGAAGGGUGAAGACGGUUUCCCUGGCUUUAAAGGCGACAUGGGGAUAAAGGGUGACCGGGGGGAGAUUGGCCCACCUGGUCCCCGAGGAGAAGAUGGUCCUGAAGGCCCAAAGGGUCGUGGUGGUCCCAAUGGUGAUCCUGGUCCUCUGGGACCCACUGGGGAGAAGGGAAAGCUUGGAGUGCCAGGAUUACCGGGGUACCCAGGAAGACAAGGGCCAAAGGGCUCUAUUGGAUUCCCUGGCUUCCCGGGUGCCAACGGAGAGAAGGGCGGCAGGGGAACACCUGGAAAGCCAGGACCACGGGGACAGCGAGGCCCAACGGGCCCGAGGGGUGAAAGAGGCCCACGGGGCAUCACAGGGAAGCCUGGCCCUAAGGGCAACUCCGGAGGCGAUGGCCCAGCCGGCCCUCCUGGCGAGCGGGGACCCAAUGGACCCCAAGGUCCCACCGGCUUCCCUGGGCCCAAGGGUCCCCCGGGCCCACCAGGCAAGGACGGGCUCCCUGGACAUCCUGGGCAGAGAGGCGAGACCGGUUUCCAAGGCAAGACUGGCCCCCCAGGCCCCCCAGGAGUGGUUGGCCCUCAGGGUCCCACAGGAGAGACGGGCCCAAUGGGUGAGCGUGGCCACCCUGGUCCUCCAGGCCCCCCGGGUGAACAGGGCCUCCCUGGUGUCACUGGAAAGGAAGGGACAAAGGGUGACCCAGGCCCUGCUGGCCUCCCUGGGAAGGAUGGUCCUCCAGGAUUACGUGGAUUCCCUGGGGACAGAGGGCUCCCUGGCCCUGUGGGAGCACUUGGACUAAAAGGCAGCGAAGGCCCCCCUGGCCCCCCAGGUCCUGCGGGCUCUCCAGGGGAGAGAGGCCCAGCUGGUGCUGCUGGACCCAUCGGGAUUCCAGGGAGACCUGGUCCUCAGGGACCUCCAGGGCCUGCUGGAGAGAAAGGGGUUCCUGGCGAGAAAGGUCCUCAAGGCCCAGCUGGCCGAGAUGGCCUCCAAGGUCCUGUGGGGCUUCCUGGUCCAGCUGGCCCCGUGGGCCCUCCUGGAGAAGAUGGAGAUAAGGGAGAGAUCGGGGAGCCAGGGCAGAAAGGAAGCAAGGGGGACAAGGGAGAGCAGGGUCCUCCUGGGCCGACGGGUCCUCAAGGCCCCAUCGGACAGCCAGGCCCUGCGGGAGCAGAUGGGGAGCCUGGCCCUCGUGGACAGCAGGGCCUGUUCGGACAGAAAGGAGAUGAAGGUUCAAGAGGUUUCCCCGGACCUCCAGGGCCAGUGGGAUUACAGGGUUUGCCAGGACCUCCAGGCGAGAAGGGUGAGACAGGAGACGUGGGCCAGAUGGGCCCUCCUGGUCCACCAGGGCCCCGAGGACCCUCUGGAGCUCCAGGUGCUGAUGGGCCACAGGGUCCUCCUGGAGGAAUUGGCAACCCUGGCGCGGUGGGAGAAAAGGGAGAGCCUGGUGAAGCUGGAGAGCCUGGCCUUCCAGGAGAAGGAGGUCCCCCGGGACCUAAAGGAGAAAGAGGGGAGAAGGGAGAGGCUGGCCCUUCUGGUGCUGCUGGACCUCCUGGACCCAAAGGCCCUCCUGGAGAUGAUGGUCCCAAAGGCAGCCCCGGCCCUGUGGGCUUUCCCGGAGAUCCUGGUCCCCCUGGAGAGCCAGGCCCCGCGGGUCAAGAUGGACCACCUGGUGACAAAGGGGAUGAUGGUGAACCUGGACAGACGGGAUCCCCGGGCCCUACUGGAGAACCUGGUCCAUCUGGGCCUCCAGGAAAGAGGGGUCCCCCAGGCCCUACAGGCCCUGAAGGCAGGCAAGGGGAGAAAGGAGCCAAGGGAGAAUCUGGCUUAGAAGGCCCUCCUGGGAAGACUGGCCCCAUCGGCCCCCAAGGGGCCCCUGGGAAGCCUGGUCCCGAUGGUCUUCGUGGGAUUCCCGGUCCUGUGGGUGAGCAAGGCCUCCCAGGAUCCCCUGGCCCUGAUGGUCCACCUGGCCCCAUGGGUCCUCCAGGACUCCCUGGCCUCAAAGGAGACUCUGGUCCCAAAGGGGAAAAGGGCCAUCCAGGCCUGAUCGGACUAAUUGGACCUCCGGGUGAGCAAGGUGAAAAGGGUGACCGAGGACUCCCAGGCCCCCAAGGCUCAUCUGGUCCUAAAGGAGAACAGGGCAUCACUGGUCCUUCUGGCCCGCUUGGGCCUCCUGGUCCCCCUGGCUUGCCGGGCCCUCCAGGUCCCAAAGGUGCUAAAGGCUCUUCGGGUCCCACCGGCCCGAAGGGCGAGGCAGGCCACCCAGGACUCCCUGGCCCACCCGGCCCUCCAGGCGAGGUCAUCCAGCCCCUGCCAAUCCAGGCAUCCAGGACUCGGCGGAACAUCGAUGCCAGCCAGCUCCUGGACGAUGGGGCUGGGGACAGCUAUGUGGACUAUGCAGAUGGCAUGGAGGAGAUCUUUGGUUCCCUCAACUCCCUAAAGCUGGAGAUUGAGCAGAUGAAGCGGCCGCUGGGCACACAGCAGAAUCCUGCCCGUACCUGCAAGGACCUACAGCUCUGCCAUCCUGACUUCCCAGACGGCGAAUACUGGGUGGAUCCCAACCAAGGGUGCUCCAGGGACUCCUUCAAAGUCUACUGCAAUUUCACAGCCGGAGGGUCCACAUGCGUCUUUCCUGACAAGAAGUCUGAGGGGAGUAAAAUGGCCCGCUGGCCCAAAGAGCAGCCCUCCACCUGGUAUAGUCAGUACAAGCGGGGCUCCCUGCUCUCCUAUGUGGAUGCCGAAGGCAACCCUGUGGGCGUGGUACAAAUGACCUUCCUGCGGCUGCUGAGUGCCUCCGCCCACCAGAACAUCACCUACAACUGCUACCAGUCGGUGGCCUGGCAGGAUGCCGCCACAGGCAGCUACGACAAGGCUAUCCGUUUCCUGGGCUCCAACGAUGAGGAAAUGUCUUAUGACAACAACCCCUACAUCCGUGCCCUGGUGGAUGGCUGUGCUACCAAGAAAGGCUACCAGAAGACGGUGCUGGAGAUCGACACACCCAAAGUGGAGCAGGUCCCCAUUGUGGACAUCAUGUUCAACGACUUUGGUGAAGCCUCACAGAAAUUUGGAUUUGAAGUGGGGCCAGCUUGCUUCCUGGGCUAGGAGCUGCUGAGCCCACUGGUCUCCAGAGCAACCUCGUGACCUCAGCAACCCACCUGUGGGCAUCCUGUGCACGGCCCAUCCUGGACAGUGAACGUUUCUCACCCCUCCUGCCUGAUGCAUCUGCGCCUCAGACCCUCCGUGGCGCUGGACCCCACGCCCAGAGAGAACAAAGGGAAAGAGCCGUGUCCCCACGGAGCCGAAUCACAUGACCUAGCCACACCACAGCCUCUUGCCAUGCUGUAGGCCCUGGUCCCCAGCUUUCCGGAUAGAAUCAUCAAAGGUGUUAAAGGACCCUUGGCCGGGAGUGGGGGUGGAGCAGUAUUUGGAAAUCACUUUUUAAAAAUUCAACUUGAAGAUAUGUAUUCCCCUGACCUUCAGAAGAUGUUCUGAGGUGGUCUUGUAAAGGUCGCCAAAGCCUCCUUUUUUUUUUUUUUUAAACAACCCUCAACUCAUCCACUCAGAGGCCAAAUGUCAUUCCACACGUGCCUUUCCGAUGGAUUAAAGGUGCUUAUGUUUUUGUGAGAGUUUUAAGUAAAUAUUUGUAUUGUAUUGUUAUAAAUGUUAAGUGUGCUGGCUUUCAGUCUUGCCUGGACACCCAGCCUCAGGCCCAUGAGGAGAGUGGGCAACUGGGAUGAGGCACCAGCUCAGGCUUGCAAUCAGGCUCUCCGCAGAGGGCAUCUCCUCACCCCAUCCCCCAAGAACGUGCAAUAAAUUGGAAAUUUGCCCAGUCAGCAAGAAGCUGUGUUGCCACUGCAGGUGCUUGGGCCCCUUUCCAGACUCUUAAUUAUUUUUUUCUUUUUGAUUAGCUCUGGAUAAUUUUUUAUGGGGAGGGGGGAAAAAGGCAUUUGCUAUCCUGCCUUUUCCACGUGCACUCAGAUUAAAACACAGGCUUAAAUUAAUUCUGAUUGCUUCCUUUUUUCGUGUUCCUUCCUGCAGAGGCUGAUGGGAUAGUGUCCAGGGCUGGAGAACCACGUGUUCUGUAGAUGAUAGAUAACUAUGAACAUUGGUGCUGAUUUUUUUACACUUGUCUCUUGUGGUGCUAUGUGUCCUGAGAUCCCUAGAGGCAGCGCUACGGUGCCUGCUGUGUCUUGUCCCCAACCUUCCUUUAUCCUGGCUAUUUCUCCACAUUCUGAGAAUUUGCCAAGGACCUGAAGAUGGCAUUGGUGCCAGAGACCUUUCCUCCAUGCUGGCACUCUGUGCUUAUGAUGGUGGAGAGUCCUUCCUGAAGCCUGUCCCCCGACUCUGGGCUCUGCUUACAUCAUUUGAAAACACAUGAGCAAAACAAAGAUUUUCUGCAUAGUACAUGGUGUAUCCAUGUUCUUGUUCGGUUGCUGAAUGUUUGUGGUGCUAAUUUCUGUGUGUGUGCCAAGACGGGAUGGAAGCCACUGGGUGCCCACACUGACAGGCAAACCGCUUUGUGAGCGGCCGGUGGACUGAGAAAUGUGCAAUGGACUCUGUGGCUCCAGGCUCCUCUGUUUGGGUUUCCACCAGAGGGCUGUCUUGGGUACAGGUGUCAGUGGUAGGGUCGCCUCUCCCUUCUCCUCCAAGGUGUGUGUGGUGGCUGGGUGGGGGCUUCCUUCUGGGUUCAGAGGUCUCCAAGACCAAGGUGAAAAGGAUGCCCCCCUGUGAGAGUUGCCCUCUUGUCAUACUUCUCCUUCCACCACGAGAAAGCUAUGGUGCCCCAGGGAGCCAGCCUCCACGCUCUGGUGCGUGUGUCUCCACUCCACCCCUGAAGUGUAGGAGACCACAGUGAAGCACCCCGGAGUGGCCAGGAUUGAUGAAUGCCACCAAUGAGCAUCCCCAAAGUUCCCUGAAGAACAACUAUUACUCUUGCCAAAGAAAUGCCUGGCUUGGAGUGUUCUCCUGAAAGCCAGGAAGCCGUCGUGAGCCAGGGACUGCUGUGCGCGCCUCUACGUGAGAAAAGCCAUACUGGAAGAUGGCCAUAUGCCCUGUGGAUUCUGUGUAGGUCAUGUGAUUCGGUUUCUGCCUCUCACCCCAUCUGAGUUAUCCUUUCACUCUGUCCUGUUCUACUGCCGGUCCCUUCCAAGCUGUAAUUUGUACUGAAGUCCAAAACGUGUCCUGUUCUCCUCAGUCCACUUUAGCUUCAAUAUUUUACAAUAAAAUUACUUCUUAUAUUUGCAGAAAAGCUUCUGGCAUCAUUUCAUGUUUCCGUUUCCUCUGGUGUGUGCACUCCCUCUCCAUAUAUAUAAUUGGGCAAAUGCUGAUGAAAAUACACACGCAAAAAAGUAAACUGAGGGACUGUGAUAAAAACUCUAGGACCUUGGCUCCUUUAAAAUUCCAGGCCAAAGGAUACUUUGUAUGUUUCCCAGGAGUCUAACCUGAAGCCUCAAAUUUUAACUUUUCCCCAGGAAGAGUGUUCUAAAGUAUUUUAAAACUGUGUAACAAAGGAAUCGUUGUAACAGUGUCUCAAUAAAGGAGUUUACUGUUUA